AUGGAAUCCGACGCCCGCCCGGAUGAUGGAGAGGAGUAUCAAGGAACGCAGCUCCUGCGGGAUUUUGUAACGCUUAUUCAGCUUUACAGGGAAGGACCAAGUUAUGCAGAGUCUGAAACGCUCAAAGACCCACACCAUUCAAACGCGAAACUAGGCGCCUUCUUCGAGGAAGAAUUGGAAUUACUGUCUACAUGGAAUCAAACUCUGGGGCAGCAAGUUACUGUUAGAAAUGAUGGUCUAGGAAGCACAACAUACACCGCGUUCACAGUUUUAAAAAGCGCUGACCUUGUAAAUGGUAACCGUCGAUGGUCGAUGUGUGCGGGCGCGGCCAAGUUUUUUGCAUGGGAAUCCCGGUUAAGACCGGCCCGCGAAGUUGCUCGGGUUGUUCAACAGACCAUAUCUGUUGCAAUAUAUGUUGUCAAUAUUCAACAUUAUACCUUUGGAUUCGGAGGACUGAGUGUCAGCCUGACUGUCAGUGAUUGUGACUCCAAUAGCAGUUGUGGUGAACCAUCUCCUUCAUCACCACAGUCAGGCAACUUCCUUGAACUUCCCUCAACUCGUGCUUUCACUGGCAGGAGAAUGUCAGACUCGUUCGCAGGAAUCCCGAUCUCCUCAGUCGAGUUCCUAAAUGAUCUUCGGCGGCGCCCCUCUGCCCCCUCGCUCAACAGUCGUUACGAGCAGCAGAUCUCACACAGUGCUAGGAAAAUGUCUUUAUAAAUCGAGACUACUAAUAUCUUUGCAACACCGGAGCUAAUCCAAGGGAGCAGCUCAGAUCCUAGGUCGCCGAUUUUCACCGAUGGUCCUUCGUCGUAUGGUAACACAGCUCCGUUGAUUUCAGGACAGAUGGAGGUGACGGAUGGCCUGCCUUUUUUGCUGACCCCGACGCCUUCCCCCAUCUCUCCGAACUGUCCUCUCCUACCGGUAGACGGGACAUCAUCAUCAAAGAGCCACCCACAGGUGGGUAAAUCAUGCUCGAAAAAAGACAUGGAAGCCAGCCGGCAACGAAGGAAGACGCAAGGCCCAGGAAAAUAUGUAUGCAAAGUUUGUGGUGACGAUUUCACCGUAAAGCAUAGGCUUCAAGGUGGGCGGCUUUGACAACCUGACGAUUAUAAUCCUAC